GAAAUGGAUUCUCUGAAGGAAUUCCUUCUCCCCAAACGAUUCAGCGUGUAUGGAUACAUCGUUGCUGUAUUCAAUGUAUUGGCUGGAGUCAUUGCUACCGUUAUAACGGCUAUUAAAUCGACUGAAAGACGACAAUUUCAAUGCAACAGCCGUGGUGUUCUCGACGACAAGGACUUCUUGACUACGAAGUGUUUUAAUCAGUAUAGCCAAGAAUAUAAUGGUUCUCUACCGCUGUAUGGAUUUGCAUUGAUGAGCUUUGCUAGUUUAGUUGUUGUUUGUAUUAUUUAUUCUUGGUGUUGUGUGAAAUCUCGAGUGGAACAAAUCGAGCAAGAAUGCACARCAAAUCAAAACAACCUUCRACCUACUCCAAUCAAUUGUCAUUAUAUUUUCACGUGUUAUUUGGUWAAUUUACURAUACGUCUUGUCUUGGGCAUUGUCUAUGCAAUACCACAAUUAACUGGACUUUAUGCCUUGGAUUUCCCACCGAAAUUUAASUGCAACUGGAAUUUAARACGACCAAACAGUGGAAACUUUAAUACGACAAAUUCUAAUUCAUCGUCAGUAAUUACCAUAAACUGUCAGAACUCUUUUGCAGAAGAAAAAACUGUUUGGGCCAUGGUAGUAUGGAUUCUUCAUGUACUCUUUGCUUGUCUUGUGCURUUCGAAGUACUUUAUAUUCUGGCAAGAGCCUUCCAUGACGAUACCUUYACUAGAGACUUGAAGUUUUGCCAAAAACAUAUUUUUAACAAUCGAAUAAUUUCUUUAUCRCAAAGGGACUUCAGUUUGUUAWGGUCUCCAAUAUUGCAGCAGACAGAGUAUCUUGAACCACUAAUACCCUUAGUUCCAUCUGAAGAUGACAAUCGUAGAGCAAUAGACGAYGUUUAUGUUGAUCUWGUUAUACAUUCUGGUUGGGUCACGCAUGACUUCGACAAGACUAAGAAGAGACAUGAACUCUUAAAUGUCUAUCUCAAACMACCUAAAGGUUCGCUACAAAUAAACAACAUAAAUGAACUUUUCGUUUCAGAACAAAAAUCUUAUCACAACAUCCUUGUCAUCGGUCGUCCAGGAAUUGGAAAGACAUCUYUGUGCACUAAAAUMAUCCGUAAUUGGUAUUUCGACAUUUAA